GUGCAAUUUUCUGCAUACGGUCCAAUUUUGCUGCUCCCUUGUGUCGGAAGUCGAUUGUUUGAAGAAGAAAGGAAAAAAUCGAACUCAUAGUUUCGGAACGUGUUCGUUCGGUUUGAAAGGGUUGUGUAGGCGGUUUCCGUGCUUUUAUUGGGUGCCAAGUUUACACGAGAUAGGCAGACCAUGUUCGAGUUGUUUUCGUCGGUCCCUCGGUGGGUUCGCGUGUCCGCCUUGAUGCUCGGAAUCGGUUUGGGGUCGGAAGUGAUGUACGAGGGUUACCUAAGCUGGCGAUCCUGGUGCGCUGGGCGCCGUGCUCGGCAACGGGCUUCGCAGCAAAUGAUCGAGGUGUAUUUCGCGAACGAGCGAUCGAGCCAACCGGAUACGCCCGGAACGACGAUGGCCAGCUUCACGACGGAACACAUCCGCCGGAUCGUUUCGCUGCUCGAUAGAGCCCGGGUUUCGGUCAAUCUUUGUAUGUACAUCUGUACGGUCGAAAGUAUCGGCGACGCGUUGCUCCGGGCCACCAAACGUGGUGUCCAAGUGCGGAUCGUCGGAUGUUCCUCGAUGGCGUACAGUUCCGGUUCCCAGAUGAUGAGGCUGGUGCAGGGGGGAAUUCCGGUGCGCUUCAACGGGCAGAACGUCAGCUAUCUGAUGCAUCACAAGUUUUGCCUAAUCGAUACCGAUUGGUUGUGCGACCGGUGCUAUCACGAAGAAAGGGAGCGCAAAAAUGGCUAUUGCUGUGAUGCUUCUUCAGUUGGAGCCGGAGCCGGAGCGGGUGAUUCGGGGGCUCCGGCCACCCCAGCUACUGCUGGUAGAGGCGCUAGAAGUGGUAGCCGAAAGCCUCAGUGUAAUCUUCAACCGCCGUCGGAUUCGACGAAGCGGCAGGGUUGUGUGCGUUGCAACCGGAAGCGCAAAUGUGAAGUGGAAAAGUGAAACUAGCAGCAGUGGGUGCU